AAACAAGCUGGACGUGGACAGACGGCAGGAAGUCUCAGCAGCUGGAGCGGUUCUGGUUCUGGUCUCUUCCAGCUGAUGGGUCCGAAGGUGGACGUGCCGGUCUACGACCUGUCCCUGAUCCGGGGGCUCUGGGAGGUCCGGGUGAAGAAACACAGACAGAAACAGAAGAAGGAGCAGGAGCGGGUGGAGAGGAGCGCCCUGGCCAGGAUCGAUCAGGAGUGGCAGUAUCGGAUCUACUGUAAAACUCUGAAGACCAAAGAGCUGAACCAGCUGCACCAUUACCUGGAGAGAUCUACGCUGAAGGAUGUGCCGCCGUACAGAACUGAUGCACAGGUGUACGCAGGAGACCAGCAGCAGGAUCAGAAAGUCCAGCAGGAUGAGAAAGAUCCAGAUCAGAAGAACCUGAUCCUCCAGCUGGAGGGAGAGCGUUGGGUGGACUUUCCCCGGGAGCUGCAGUGGAUGACCUACCUGCAGGAGUGGCACGUCCGGGGGACGAGGAUCCGACAGCUCCCCGACUACCUGACCCUGUUCACCCAGCUCACUGUACUGGAAACUCCUAAAAACACCAUCAUGGAGCUGCCGCCGGAGAUCGGUAAACUGACGGAGCUCAGGGUGCUGAACCUCAGCUACAACCGUUUGUCCAGAGUCCCUCCAGAGCUCGGGGGCUGCGAGAAGCUGGAGAGACUGGAACUGGCUGGAAACCACAACCUGUCCGAGCUGCCCUUUGAGCUCAGCAGCCUGAAGCAGCUGGUCCACCUGGACAUUGCGGAGAACAGGUUCAUCUCAAUCCCCAUCUGCACCUUGAGGAUGACCAGCCUGCAGCUUCUGGAUCUGAGCAACAACCACCUGACCGACCUGCCGCAGGACAUGGACAGGUUGGAGCAGCUCGUGUCUUUGUACGUCCACAAGAACAACUUGCAGUACCUCCCUCUGUGUCUCACCAACAUCUCCACCCUCAGGAUGGUCGUGGUCAGCGGUGACGAGCUCACCUGCGUCCCCACCAAACUGUGCAACAACCCAGACAUCAAGUUUAUCCGUCUGUACGACAACUCUUCCAGCGAAAAGAAGAAGAAGAAGAAAAAGGAGGAGGAGAAGAAAAAGAAGGAAAGGAGGAGAAGAUGGAGGGAGCAGGAGGAGGAGGUGAAGGACAGCAGAGAGAAAGAGUUCAUGGAGGCGUACAUCAGCUCGCUGAAGGACCGAGACACCGUCCCCUUCUCCACCACCAAGGUGUCCAUCUCCUGCCUGCUGUGAGGAAGAGGAUGAAGGUCUGACAUGGUCGCUCAGUGAUGAUGGCACAGAGCACGUUGAGAACAAAGCAGCGGCUUGUUCGUAAGUGCUAACAUGCUAACAGAUGCUAAGUGCAUGAAGUCGCCCAGAAGGUUCCUUCAAUGUUUGUUUUAAAAAUAAUAAUAAUAAUAAUA